AUGGCUUUUCCUAAUAAGGAUUCUUAUUACUAUUGCAGUGUUCUCUGCCUCUACAUUAUUAUCAUAGUGGCUAAUUCUCUUGCUUUUCAAUGUUCUGCUGCUGCUUCUUCUUCUAAUAAUAAUGAUCAGAUUUCAACUUUAGUUGUGAAUGCUUCUAUUGCAUCUAGAAGGAGAAUGCCAGAUACUUUAUUUGGAAUAUUUUUUGAGGAGAUCAAUCAUGCUGGAGCUGGAGGAUUGUGGGCUGAGCUUGUGAGUAACAGAGGUUUUGAAGCUGGGGGCACCCAAGUUCCAUCAAAUAUUAAACCUUGGAGUAUAGUUGGAGAAGAAUCAUGUAUUUUAGUGCAAACAGAACUCAAUUCUUGCUUUGAACGCAAUAAGGUUGCAUUGAGAAUGGAUGUGUUAUGUGAUGAUAUUAAUUGCCCUUCCGGCGGUGUUGGUAUCUCUAAUCCCGGUUACUGGGGCAUGAACAUUGAGCAAGGGAAGAAAGAAACUGCAUCAGAAGUCUCAAACUGGAAAAGGAUCGAGACUACGUUGGAGGCGAAUGGAUCAAGUGCUAAUUCAACCAUUCAAAUAACAACCACCAAGAAAGGCGUCAUAUGGUUGGACCAAGUUUCUGCCAUGCCCCUUGACACGUUUAAUGGACAUGGUUUCCGAAAAGACUUAGUCAACAUGCUGAUAGAGUUGAAACCAGCCUUUAUUAGAUUUCCAGGUGGUUGCUUCGUAGAAGGACAAAGACUAAGUAAUGCAUUUAGGUGGAAAGAGAGUGUUGGGCCAUGGGAGCAGAGACCAGGCCACUUUGGCGAUGUUUGGAAUUAUUGGACUGAUGAUGCUUUUGGUUAUUUUUUUAGUAUUAAAAGUAAUUGAUAGAAAAUAGCAGAGGACAUUGGUGCAAAACCAAUAUGGGUCUUUAACAAUGGUAUUAGCCAUACUGAUGAAGUUGAUACAAGCGCCAUCAAGCCUUUUGUGCAAGAUACCGUAGAUGGUAUUGAGUUUGCGAGAGGAGCAGCCACUUCGCAAUGGGGUUCCCUUAGAGUUGCUAUGGGGCACCCUAAGCCUUUUGACCUAAAAUAUGUCGCUAUUGGAAAUGAAAAUUGUGGAAAGCAACACUACCAAGGGAAUUACCUUGCGUUCUACAAUGCAAUAAAACAUGCUUAUCCAGAUAUUAAGAUUGUUUCAAAUUGUGAUGCUUCCUCCAAGCCGUUAGAUCACCCCGCUGAUUUGUACGAGUAUCAUACGUAUCCUCAUGACGCUCGAAGUAUGUUUAAUAACGCUCAGGUGUUUGAUAACACACCACGUAAUGGUCCAAAGGCUUUUGUGAGUGAGUAUGCUCUAAUUGGAGAGGAACAAGCCAAGCUUGGGACCCUUUUAGGAGCUGUAUCUGAAGCUGGAUUUCUUAUUGGAUUAGAAAGAAACAGUGAUCACGUGGCAAUGGCUUCGUAUGCUCCCCUUUUUGUAAAUGCAAAUGACAGGAAGUGGAACCCAGAUGCAAUUGUUUUUAAUGCGAAUAAGGUUUAUGGAACACCAAGCUAUUGGGUGCAGUACAUGUUUAGAGAGUCAAGUAAGGGUGCAACAUUUCUUGAAUCACAGCUUCAAACAACAGAUCCUACUUCACUUGCUGCAUCUGCAAUUCUCUGCCAAAAUCCUCAAAAUAACAAAACUUCCCUAAAGAUAAAGGUUGCAAACAUGAGAAGUGACCAAGUGAAUCUCAAGAUUUCUGUUGAGGGAUAUGCUACAUCAAAUCUUACUGAGUCAACAAUUACUGUACUAACAUCUAUCAAUGCAUUGGAUGAGAAUACUUUCUCAGACCCAAAAAAGGUAGUACCAAAACGAAGUCCAUUUCAGAGAGCUGGUAAGGAGAUGAAUUUCAUAAUCCCUCCAAUUUCAUUGACCGUAUUUGACUUGUUAUAA